AUGGAAGAAGAAAAACCGGACGAAGAUGAGGAAGUUACAGUAGGAAAAAAUAUCAUCCACAACAAUUUCGCAAGCGCAGAAUUUCUGAGCAAUUUUCAAUUUCUGCUUGAUCAUAGCAACCCCUUCUACCACCUCCAUGAUCGCCAUUUUCCUUGUGGACUGAAAAGUGCAUUGGGGGUAGGAAGAAAUGCAGAUGGAGGCAGCACAAUUGGAAGGGGCCACGGGACGAAGAAGCUUCUUAUCCAUUUGGUGCCCUCCAACAAAUCCGAUCUCUACAAGUUCUUGAAGAAGAAAAAAGAGCAAGUACAGAACCUAUAUGGAAAGGACGAAACUUACAAGUAUGAAAGUCACAUAAGUUUGACUGGUUAUUUCUCCUGUGACAACAUCUUUAUUUUCACGAAGAGCCUAUACCUUUAUUUGUUUUAUUAUGUGAAGCUUUACCACUUGUCCAGGAAGCUUUCCGUUCGGGAUUUGUUCUUUUGCAUUCCGUAUCGGGUCGGACGGUCGGCAUGCGAUGGCCGCCGCGCCCUGUGGGGUGAAGAGAGGCCCUGUAGGAAGCAGUGGGCGAGGAGGGAUGCGCAGGACAGGGCGCAAUCGCAGUCGCAUCACCCCCGCUCGCAACCUACGACACGCAACGUUGAGGAAAAACGUAUCCUCACGAACAACGAUGGGUACGUGAUUAUUCCCAUUAUGUGUGAAUGGCUAAAAAGGAUUUUUGAGAAUUUCCAUUUUUUAAUUAAAAACGACAGCUUCGCAUCGUGCAGGAAGCACACCCAGGGUGGUACGGACAAGUCCUCCAGAAGGCACUUGCGCAAGCGUGCGGCGGUUAAGGAGGAGGAUGGCCACUUCGUUGGUGAAAAGGAUAAGCGGUACCGGGUCGAACACGACCAGUCCGAGGACCUGCCAAUGAAGAUACAUUGCCAGGGGAACAACGCUACAGGGGUGAUAAGUCUUCCUGUGCCGGACGAAUGUGUCACAUCAUUUCAAAAUAUCGACACCCCUCUAGCACAUGAUGACGGUGAUGAGUCAGCUUCCCAUUCAUGUAUAAAACGAAGCAAAGCACGGUGCAGUUUGAGCAGUGUUAGUACCUCCUCCAGCAGCGGGGACGUAGGACAGUGUGCCGCGGUCACGCAAGGGGCGAAUAAGUCUCCCGCGUUGAACCCCUCUGUUUGUGAACAGGGGGAUCGAACACGUAGCAGUGGGAUGAGCAGAAGUAAUAUAGGUGUGCGAAGCAAUCGGAGCAGAUGGGGAAAUAGGAUAAAGUACCGCUACAACAACGACAAGGUGCGCUUGCUCGACUGCCGCAUAAAGAACUGCAACCAUAUUUCCCUAGCCUCCAACCGCAAGGAUCAGGGCGUACAAAACCAGAUUGCCCACAUGUACAAAGACAUGAAGUAUCACUUCUCAAACUGCACGUGGGACAUGGUCAUGUACGAGUGCGUGGAGGGGGGACGCAACACGCACAUACGAGGGGACGUCACGGAGAUCGAAAUUGGGAACGCAAGUAAAAACUCCCCACGUGGUAACAACCUCCACUUGAAUGAAAUUUUCCGAUUGAGAAAUUUCGCCAUCUCGUGA